AUGGCCAAGAGGAGCGAGAAGAGCUGGAAGGACAGCUUCGCCUUGAAGAACCGUUUGGUGAAGGAAGCCCUCUCAGAGUUCCUGGGGACCUUCGUUAUGAUAACCCUGGGAUGCGGCUGUGUGGCCCAGUCGGUACUGAGCGGAGGAGCGUUGGGAGGGGCACAGGCGAUCUCCGUGGGCUUCGCCAUGGCCGUCACCAUCGCCAUCUACGUCGCAGGAGGCGUUUCCGGUGGCCACAUCAACCCAGCCGUUUCCUUUGCCAUGUGCAUAACAGGGAAGAUGCCCUGGGCCAAGUUACCCAUCUACAUAUUCAUGCAGUUUCUUGGAGCGUUCUUCGGAGCUGCCACCGUCUAUGGGGUCAACUAUGAUGCACUGAUGGCCUACACCGGGGGGAAUUUCACCGUCACGGGGCCAACUCGCACCGCCCAUGUCUUUGCAACGUACCCAGAGGAAUACCUGUCAGUGACCAAUGGAUUUGCCGAUCAGGUGAUCUCGACCGCAUUUCUCCUCCUGGGCGUCUUUGCGAUCUUUGAUGCAGGCAACCUGGGCGUCCCAAAGGGGCUGGAACCCAUCGCCGUGGGGCUGCUGAUCAUCUUGCUGACCUCUUCCAUGGCCAUGAACAGCGGCUGCGCCAUGAACCCGGCCAGGGACCUCAGCCCGCGCCUCUUCACAUUCCUGGCCGGAUGGGGGCCAGAGGUCUUCACGGCUGGCAACCACUGGUGGUGGGUCCCGAUCCUGGGCCCCAUGGUCGGGGCCGGUUUUGGGGCCGCUGUCUACAUGCUGUUUAUCGAACUGCACCACACUCACCCUCCACCACCUCAGAGCAACGCUACCCGCGACAAAUAUGAACUCACCAGCAUGUAG